AUGUGGUCCAUGAUGGCUGAUGAUAUUGAUGAUCUUCUUGAUGAAGUUGAGAAGGCUUUAGCAAAACCAAAGGAAACACCCAAAGCAUAUAACGAUGAUCUUACGGACCUCUUGGAUGACUUUGAACCUCCUCUAGAACCAGUGGUAGCUGAGAAAAUUGGGGCCCCAGACACAAACACCCAAUCAUCGAGUGGUAAUAAAAAAUGUUAUCCACUUUACCUUGGGGGAACCUCUCUACCAGUUGGCAUGUCAACAGGAGUUACUGUGAGAGCAUGCAACCAGCUUCGGUGCUUGGAGUGUGAUUGUGCAGUCAUCACCUUUGAAGGGUUUCAGUGGUCAGACAACACUGAUUAUCUCUUCCUCCGCAAUAAUUACCCUGUUGCUGCACGACUCAGGUCUCGUCUCAAUCCUCUCCGUGGGACCCGAGCAUACACAUGUCAGUGUAAGCAACGAUCUGUGAAUGCAGCAACACAGAUUCCUGCAGAUUCUGAAAUGAAUUUGGAUGCAAAGAUAACCAAGAAUGGUAACUGCCAUAUUCCAUUCUUUUUGGGCUCAAGAUAUAGUUAGUGUUCAAUAUUUUCAGACUCGGUUACUUAACCCAUUGCCAGCACUUGCACAUACAUGUCAUGACCACUGCAAUUUUAUGAUAUUUAUUGUGUUUACACAUAGAUGGCUCCACAAAAGUCAAGUCACUGGGAGUCAAUUACUAGUUCUACAUAUCUUACCUGUAUUCCCUUUUCCUUGAUCUUUAGAAAAAUCUUUUUACAUUUUUUAUUGAUAUUAAUAUUUUAAUGACAUUUUGAUGGUCACAUUAUCAAUAAUAAUAACAAUAGCAUCUACAUUAAUAACAUAAACAAAGAUACUUUUUCCCCACAAAAUUCAAGGAAUGGGGAAAUCAGGUAAGGACAUGUAAGGCCUUCAAAUUCACUCCUUUGUGACAGCUCUUGUAGAGCCAUCUGUGUGUGAAUGAAAUUCACAAAAUAAGACCAUAGCAGAUAGUUGACAUACCCUGCUGCAGUGGGUUAAAUAAUUAAAGAUCUCAUUAAGUUCAUGUUUCAAUACUGUUUUUACUUUUCUUUUGAUAUGUCUUUAGAGGUUAGGCUUAGAUAUAUUUUGCAAUUGUUUGUGUUCAGUUUCUUGUAAGAACAUUAGAAACAUUAUGUUAAUGGUAGUUGUAAUGUUAAUGAAGCAUUAAUGGUGAAUGCAAUCAUUAUUUCUUUUGCAUCUUAUUCCAUCCAUUUCAUUCCGUCCAUUUAAUUUUUCUCAACCUUGGUGGUAAUACUAGGUAAUGAUAAAUAAUGUUUUAGUUUUUAUGCUUCACUACAGAGACUAUAGAGACAUAAUAAAUACAAUGUACAUGUAUCUAAUCUCUAGUCAAGAAAAAAAUAUUUUUAAACUGCAUUGUAUUGCUUCUUACUUAUGAAAAUAAAAGAUUGAAUGGUGUGUCA